AUGGCAUCAUCCACCUUCAAGAGGCUUGUCCGAUUCGUCCCUACUUCGGAUUCUAGUAAGAUUCUCAUAGGUCAACCCAUCGAUGACAGCAUCGACGUUGGCGCCGCGCUUCGAAAGUGCCAGAAGGUCGAGGUUGAGGUUUUCUCUGGGUCAUCUGUCCUAAGUCCAGGACAAAGAUCUACGAGCCGCGACACGAUUCAAAAACUGUUGUCGCCGCUUGCAGCUGAAGAAGUUGGCACCAUUCGUGGCAUCGGGCUCAAUUACAAGCAGCAUGCAGAGGAAGUUCAUCUUCAGAUUCCAACAGUUCCCACUGUUUUCAUGAAACCCUGCACGGCGAUAGGUGACCCGUGGCCAACCCCGACCAUGUUACCAAAGAUUACUCAAAUAGAUGAUUGUGGAGACUACGAGGCUGAGCUUGCUGUUGUCAUUGGCAAAACUGCCAAAAACGUUUCCAAGGACGACGCGAUGAACUAUGUUCUUGGAUACACGGCUUGCAACGAUGUUUCUAGUAGAACGAGCCAAUUCGCACAGUCCCAGUGGUCAUUUUCCAAAAGCUUUGAUGGCUCAUGCCCCUUGGGUCCAGCGCUAGUGUCGCCGUCUGUCAUUUCAGAUCCUUGUACUCUUCGACUGCGCGGUGUGAAGAAUAAGGAAUUACUGCAAGAUUGUGGCAUAGACGACCUUAUUUUCAGUGUAGCGGAGCUUAUUAGCUUCUUGUCCCAGGGUACUACACUCCCUGUCGGUACGGUUAUUAUAACUGGCACUCCGGCAGGAGUUGGUGUUAGUCGCAACCCGAAGGUAACCCUGGCUCACGGCGAUGAGUUUUGGGUGGAAAUUCUGCCUCACAUAGGUACCUUGGUGAACGUGUUCCAGAAUGAGAUGUAG